GCAUUGCUUGGGGAAUGGUGGGUUACCUCAACGUUAUAAUUUAUUCCCAAUAUCUAUCUUUUUCAACCAACAUGAAUGCAAUAACUUUAGAAGAUACGGUGCUUCUAUAAUUAGUAGUGCUGCAUGGACCAGUAGCCAGCCAACACUUGGAUCGCCCUAUAAGAAGAGCACCUCCAUGCACCCACAAGGCUCCAAAUCAUUCACAUUCCUAACUAGUUCGACAGUUGCAAGCAAUAGACGACAUGGCUCAACUACAGAAACUCGAGACGAAGGUUGCAAUGAAAUCACCAGAGAAGAUCGCAGCUUUCUUCAGGGACAGCUUCACCUCCCUGCCUCAAUUGGCCCCUGACCUUGUCAAAACCGUUGAGGUCAUGGGAGGCGGCCACAAGGCAGGGCCUGGCUCCGUACUGUUUAUCAAAUAUUCCCUACCUGGGAGCCCAAUAACGAGUGUGAAGGUCAAGUGGGAAGAAGAAGCCAUGGACACAGAAGAAGUGAAGUCGUUGACGUUGACGGUGUUAGAAGGGGACGUCCUUGAGAUGUACAAGAGUUACAGUGUGAAAAUUGAGAUGGACAGUGGCGCUGGCCAGUCGGGAUGGAGCAUUCAGUAUGAACUGGCGAACCCAAAUGUUCCCCAUCCUCAUGUCUAUAUUGAAGCCUGCAAGUAUCUUGCUAAAACCUUCGAUGAAUACUGCUGAAGAUUUCAAUGCUUAAUUAUAAACGCUUCUACUGUACUACGUUGUUAUGGUACUCAUGAUAAUCAGCUCACUCGUGAAUUGGUUUCAAGAGAUUAAAAUAAGAGACCACGAAGGCGACGGGCUACGUUGUCCUCUGGCAUUUUAAGUUGUGUUUUACCGUUGGAGAUCUAGAAUCUCAGUGGAAUUAAAAAUUAUAUUGCAUCUAUGUUUGUGUUAAUGCCAUUGUUCUCCUGUGUAUAUAUUAAUUUGUACUGCAAUCUAUCUCUGUUGAGCACAAGGAGUGGCCACAAGAUUCCAACGGUUUGUACCAAGAUGGGCUGAAGGCGUUGGGUGGUACCAACAUUUCCUAACCGCUUCAAGGUUUGGAUUUGAAACUUUUGGCAGUAAAACAGUACAACGGAU